UUGGGUCUCUGGCGCAAGAGCCAAGCGGUUGCGUUUACGACCGAUGCCUGCCUCACGUCACGUAGGUGAAUAAAAAGCGCCCAGUGCUGAAGCUUCAGCUGCAUAACAGCAGGAGCCUUUUCCAAACGGAUAGCAGUCUCAGCGAUAUCGCUCUCAGCAUGUUGGCACAGCGUGUUGUCAUGUUCUCGUCGGUAGCCCUGGUCACCCUGUCCCUGGUAUCGCUGGGCAAUGCAAAGGCGCUCUCCGGGUGCCCGCCCGUGGACUACAAGGACUCCAAUGCCACUUUUAUCGCCAACCCGCUCGACUGCUCCUCUUACUUCGUGUGCCAACAGGGACUUCCCGUGCUUAUGCCGUGUCCGGCAGGCCUACUAUUCAACGACGCUCUCAACGUUUGCGACUACGCUUACAAUGUAAGCUGCGUGCCGCUCAACCCAACAAUCACGACAAAGGCCCCAGCACCAGCCGAAGCUACCAUUAAAACGAUUGUGGUUGAGAAGGAGGUAGUCAAGCAGACGGUAGUCAAAGAGAAGGUCCUGCCAGCAGCCGAAGGCGAUGCCCCCGUUACCAGCAAGAGCGAUGCCACCGAAGUCGAAGGAGAAGCGCCCGCCUCUAUUGAUGUUGGGACCGUCGCGCAGCCAGCUGUUGUCGGCACCAAAGUCAACGACGAGGUGAACUCGGUCGGGAAGCCCGUUGAAGGCACCGAGGCCGCGGAACCUGAGCAGAGGGAUGCGGGCGACGUGGCUGGUGGAAUGGACGAUGUCAGCGAGGCCGUGUUGUGAACCUACCCAGUCAAAAAUUCCAUCAAGCUACUG